UAUCCCGGCCGUCACAGGAUACACCCUUCCCAUGCAUCAGACUCCACUAUUGCGCAAAACAUGCAACCGGCGCAGUAUAUAUAAAUUGAUAGCAUAGUUCUUAGGGCUUCACUCUCACUCUCACUCUCACUCUCACUCUCACUCUUCCAUGGCCAAUGUCGAGUCUACCCCCACAGAGACCCUAGAAUUCAAUUGGGGAAAAAAGCGAGGAAAAGGUGGCAAAAAAAGAGACACACAGUUCUACGAAUCCUUCACCUUAGACGGUGAUCAUUACUCUCUCUUCGAUACCGUUUAUCUUCAAAACGAAGCGCACACCGAACCUCACAUUGGUAAAAUCAUCAAGAUAUGGGAAACUCCUACUCGUGAAAAGGCUAGGAAAGUUAAGGUUCACUGGUUCUUUCGUCCUCGCGAGAUUUCCAGGUUUUUGAUUGGGAUUCAGAUUUAUUACAAUGAAUUGUUCUUAGCUUCUGGUCAUGGCACGGGUCUUUGCAAUAUCAAUCCUCUGGAGUCUAUUGCAGGGAAAUGCAAUCUUGUUUGCAUUUCUAAGGAUGCUAGGAAUCCACAACCAUCAGAGGAAGCAGUACGGAAUGCUGACUUUGUGUUUUAUCGCUGCUUUGAUGUUGGGAAGCGUAAAGUAGUGGAGGAGAUAGAUGACAAGAUUCUCGGACUUGAAGUUAAAAACAUAUUUAACAAAAUGGCAUAGCCAAAAAGCUUGUUGCUGCUAUAAAACAUUAUUUAUACAAGAGAGGAGUUGGUGGUGGAAUGCCAUGAAAGUAGUGAAGUCGCUUUUCUAAGUUUUAAAAAUAGCCGUAGUUAAAUGUUAGCCAACAAAUAUUUGAUAUAUUAGUUAUAGAAAGGGGAUGUUAAUUUACUUGGAGUAAUAAAUAACUAUGAGGAAAAACCUACUUUGAAGAAAAAAUCUUGGAGGUUCAAUUAUUUUUUGUAUCGCCGAGGAAGUUUCUUAGGCGGGUAUAGAAAUUUGGUGUUUUGUGAUAUUUAAUUUUGAAAUUUGGUGCCUUUACAUUAAUGUAAUUUCACCGCCUGAUGCAUUUAGUACUACUAAGUUCACUUACUAUCA